CCAGUCUCUCUUGUUCCUUCAUCCCACUUUCUCCUUCCUUUCCCCUCUUUGUUCCUCCUCCUCCUCUUUCUUCAGUCAUGCCGAUCGUGCAGUCGUAUCUGCGCUACGCCCCUUCCGGCGCCUCGUGUGGCGUCGUGUAUGCCGCGGGUGCGGGCGAUGCAGGCAGCAGUGCGGCGUCGGCGCUGGCGUUUGCCCAUCCCGCGUCGAAAUCCAGCGCGUCGCACGUCGUCCUGUGCCCUGCGCUCGAGAACGUCAUCGCCUGGGACAUUCGCAAGGGCCAGCAGGAAUACAUGCUGCAAAGCGACGGCAAGCACGCGGCCACUUGCGUCGCACGGAGCCCUGAUCAGCGUCACAUUGCUGUCGGCUACUCGGACGGCGCGAUUCGCCUUUGGAACUCGGCGACACGAACCGUCGCAGUGGCAUUCAAUGGCCACUCGGCAGCAGUGACUGUGCUGCGCUUCGAUGCGCAGGGUGCGCUGCUGUACUCGGGGUCGCGCGACACGGACGUGAUUGUUUGGGACAUUGUUGCCGAAACCGGUCUGUACCGUCUGAAGGGCCACAAGGACGCCAUCACAGACAUUCGGCUCCUGCCCAAGCACAAGCUGCUGCUAACCAGCUCGCGCGACUCGCUCAUCAAGGUCUGGGACUCGACCCAGAGCUGUGUCGACACGAUUGUCGGUCAUCGCGCCGAGGUGUGGUCCAUGGCCGUCGACGACGACGAAACCAUGCUUAUUACAGGAACCAGCGACCCGGAGCUUCGCGUGUGGUCUAUUCGGCCCGUGGAGGCAGCAACCUCUGCAUCGUCCGCUUUCAGCUUGGGAUCUGGCAAAUUGGCCGAUUUGAAAAAGAUUGCAAACAUCACAGGCAUCGAGUUCCAUCUCGAUGGCGUCAUCCGACGCCAAAGCACAGACCGUGCCUGCGCCUUGACCAUCUUGAGCGAGGCGCGGGUGCUUGCGUGCCACAACGGCGACCGUACGGUCGAGUUUUACCGCAUUCGAACCGUCGAAGACGUGUCCAAGCGUGCCGCCAAACGCAUUGCCAAGCAGCAGCAGCAACAACAACAACAGACGGAGGGCCAGGAGAUGGCUGUCGACGAACCGUCCUCCACAACUCCAGCAGAUCGUAUCAUUCUGUGCCACGUGCUUCGUACCGGGGCCAAGGUUCGAGGACUCGACUUGCAAGUCCAAUCUGUGGGUGUGCCGUCCGCUGCCGAGGCGGCCGAUGACGCGAGCAACAAGAAGAAGAAGGCCAAGAAGAGCGACAAACUCGCGGCGGUCAAGCUGCUGGCCGCAGUCGGCCUGGCAGACAACUCUGUCGAGCUCUUUUCGUUGGAUCUGGGCACCAACUCGGCCGAAGAGGUCAAGAUUGCAUCAGUAGAGCGUGCAGGUCAUCGCUCUGAUAUUCGCUCCCUGGCGCUCAGCUCGGACGAGUCGCUCAUCCUGUCCACGUCAAAUAACGAACUCAAAAUUUGGAAUCGCGUCACCAAGGCCUGCUUGCGUACGAUCGAGUGCGGGUACGGUCUGUGCUCGCUGUUUGUGCCUGGAAACCGCCAUGUCAUUGUCGGCACAAAGACCGGCGAGCUGCAAUUGUUUGAUAUUGCCUCGGGCGUCAUGUUGGAGAACGUCAAGGCGCACGAAGGCGCAGUGUGGUCUAUCUGCCUGCGACCGGAUCGCCGCGGCUUUGUCUCUGGUUCGGCCGACCACGACGUCAAGUUCUGGGAGUUUGAGCUGGUGACGGAGCAAGUGCCGAUGGAAGAAGGCAGCCAGCAUGUUCAAGCGCAAAGGCGGCUCACCUUCACCCACGAAAAGACGCUGAAAAUGACGGAAGACGUUCUGGCCGUCACGUACUCUCCCAACCAACAGCUGCUGGCCGUUUCCCUGCUGGACUGCACGGUGAAGGUGUUUUAUGCCGACUCGCUCAAAUUCUUCCUCUCCAUGUAUGGCCACAAGCUUCCCGUGCUUGCCAUGGACAUUUCCUCAGACAACGCGCUCCUCGUGACCGCGUCCGCCGAUAAGAAUGUCAAGAUCUGGGGUCUGGACUAUGGUGACUGCCACCGCUCGCUCUUUGCGCACGCCGACUCUGUCAUGUCUGUGCGCUUUGUCCCCGAAACACACUAUUUCUUCUCGGUCAGCAAGGACAAGACGCUGCGAUACUGGGACGCCGAUCGCUUCGAGCACAUUGCGUCGCUGGAGGGCCACCACUCUGAGGUCUGGUGCCUCGCCGUGAGCAAAACGGGCCACUUUAUUGUGACUGGCUCCCACGAUCGGUCCAUUCGUGUUUGGGAGCGUACCGAACAGCAGCUGUUUGUCGAAGAAGAGCGCGAGCGGGAACGGGAGCAAGAAUACGAGAAUGCGGCCGUCGAAUCGCGCGAACGAGCGGCAAAUGCUGGUCUGAGCGUUCCUGGCCAGGAAGGCUCUGCCGACGACGAGAAUGGAGCUGGCGAUGCAUCUCAAGCCGGUCCUUCUGCUGGCGGGGCCUCAGCUGGCUCUGCCGCAUUGGCUGGAAAGCGCACCAUGGAGACCAUCCGAUCUGGCGAGCAGCUCAUUGAGGCUCUGGAGAUUGCCAUCGACGAGAAGGCCAAGGAAGACGCAUAUUUGCAGCAAUUCCACGCGUACGAGCAAAUGCGAGAGCAAUUGCAAAAGGAGCAAGACGAGAUUGAGCAGGCGCAGCAGCAGCAAAAGCAACAGCUCGAAGCGUUGGAGGCGAGCGGCGCCAAGGGCAAACGCGGCGCGGGCAAGAAUUCCAAAUCUCGCGAUGUGAGCGAGUAUGAGCAGUCGAUUCUGGCGGCCGAGGCCACGACGGCUGCUGCCGCGGCCUUGGCUGUGCGCGUCGCUGCUGCGGCCGCUACAGCUGCCCCCCGGCCUCCGGCCAAACACCCCAUGCUCAUGGCGUACGGCAACCUGUCGCACUACGACUAUGUUUUGCAGGUUUUGCACCGAAUUCGCGCCAGCGAUCUCGAGGCCACCCUUCUCCUGCUCUCCUUUUCCCAUGUUAGUCACCUGCUCGAAUAUAUCGAGUACUUUGUGCGCAACGGCAAGUCCAUCGAGCUCUGCCUGCGCUGUGAGCUCUUUUUGAUGCGACUCUAUCAAAACCAAAUUGUUGCAGCCCCCGCUCUGCUCUCCACCGUGGAAUCUCUGCACCAGCACACGCGGUCGCGUAUUACCGAGCAGAAGAAUAUCAUUGGAUUCAACAUGGCCGCCCUCAAAUUCAUGAAGCGAGAUCUCGAGUCGCAAGCCAGCAUGAAGCUGUUCUCGGAUGUUCCGAUCAAGCUGCAAGCCAUCCGCAAGAAGAAGAAGAAGGCCAUCAAGUCGUGAGCAGAUGCGCACAGGAGCAUUUGUCGUGUUUUGAUUUUUUUGAUACUUGAAUACAAUUGUACAACAACAA